UUUAAAAACACCCAAUACGUAACAAGAAACUCUACCCUGUCAUCAAAAUAAACAGUCAUCGUUCAAUGAUGCGUAUUCUCAUAAUCAUGCUGUGGCGUCAUGUAGUAUACAUAGUGAGCCUCGUCCUAAGUCGCUAGACUUUUUAUACUCGUCAGAAAAAACACUUUAUUUACAGUUUUUAUUCUGUGGGAGAAUAAACGUGCGCAGAUAAUUUCGGGAUAUAGAAGGUAUAAAUACCCUGCUAUUCUGUGUUAAUGGUUGACACUCUAUCAGUGACCAGUACAUGAGUGAGAGAAACAGAAAAGAAAGAAAUGGUCAAAUUAAGAAUUUUGACUGCAGAACGAAAUAAGAAAAAACAAUCAAAGACCAUCGCCUAAUUAUCAUAGCAUUAAGGAGUGACCUGACCUUGAUGUAACCGAUUAAAUCUGAUUAUGAUGUACAAUUUGCGAGUGUGUCUAAUUCUUUCAAUAAGCGUGUGUAUGUUGCUGAAUAAUGUACAGCAAUCCAACGGAACUACACUGCCUAUUCCUGCAAAAAUGGACGGCGAAGAACUCGGUGAGGUGAUUGUUAGCUGGAAAGAAGAAGGCGAUCGGGUCCGACGCUCAACAGACGGUGUGUCAGUUCCCGCCAAAAAUAUCGCCGUCAGUUUCCAACUGAAUGGUGGGGUAGUGGACCUUCAUUUAACCAGAAACGAUGAGGAGUCCGUGAAUGUCCCCGUAUACACAACAGAUGGGAGAGGAGAAGUCGUUAGACAGUAUAUACAGGAGAAAUCUAACGUGUUUCUCUAUCAAGAUAGAAAGAAAUUUGCAGCCUUCUACGUCGAGACAGUGGAGACCUCCUCGUGUAUGUUUGGAAGCUUUGAAGACAAAGCAGAAGAAUAUUUUCUGGAACCAAAAGAAAGAAAUUGUAGCAGGAAAACUUCACCGAUGUUCAAAAUAUUGAAGGCCAAGACCUCACAUAUUGAAUUUGCAGACAGCGUUAUAAUGGGUAAUUUGACAUUGUGUUGUGUUCUAUCUUAACGUGUUUUCAAAUCUUCGCGAACUAUAAAGAAAUUAUUGCCAUGCUUUAUAGUGCUUAUGUAGUUUGUUUUAAAAGCAAUAUAUUGUGGCAAUUAGUUAAAAACGAUUUUUCAAGUGAUUGCAUUAAGACAUAAAAUGCAUUUAUAAAGGUUUCAUAAAUUUUGGAUAUUAAAACAGAGAAGUGACUAGGAACAAGACACACGGUACCCAAAGUGUCAUUUGAAUAAAAGCGAUAAGUAAGAAGCACUGUAAAUGCCACGUGUUAAAUGUAAUAGUUCUACAUGUCAAUUUCCUUUUCAUAAACAGACAAGAAGCGUAAUCUUACACCUCUAUCACAGAAUAUGGACACCAUCAGAGAAAAAAGAUCGACACCGGAAUACAAAAUAGAAACGCUUUUGAUAAUUGACUACUCUGUUUACAGUUA